UGCGUUGCAUUGCAUGGGGGCCAGCCAUUUCCGUUGCGCGCACGGGAAGCCUGACGCGACGCCGACGCGCCCCCGCCACCGUUUCGUCGCCUCUCCCUCUCCCUCUCCCUCUCCCUCUCUCCCUGCCCCGAGAGCGGCGGCAACCCCUUUCUCCGCGCGGGGCUCUUGCCUCUUGCGUUGCCCGCCACGCUCUCGGUGCUCUGGCAGCAGCGAGAGACGUCGCUCUCACUCCCCGCGGCCGCUAUCGUCUCCCACUUUUUUGUUGCCCGUGCCGCCGGAGGAGAGACUGAGACUGAGAGAGCACCACAUAAAUGAGCUCGCCGACGCCAUUACGCCCCACCGCCGCCGCCGGCGGCGGCGGCGCCAGCAGUUACUACACCGUCCACCGGCGGCGGGGGCGACCGGGCCCGGGCGCGGGCGCGGGUUUAAGAAGGCCGCGGGUGCGCCGGUGCAAGAUGAAGCUCAUGUACUUCCUCAUGGACAGGGACGAGCAGCGCGAGAAGCGGCUGGAGCUCGAAUUCGAGGUGUCGGAGCUGGAGACGGCGCUCGAGAAGGAGCAGCAGCUGGGCAGGGUCCUGCAGUGCUCGCUGCAGGGGCGCGUCGUCUGCCAUUGCUGCCUCUCCGCGCUGGUUCCUACCAACGUUAGGGGCCUCCUUGCGGAGCUCGCAGUGGUGGAGGAUGAGAUAUUCUACCUGGAGAAGAAGGUCGACGACCUGCGCCUACGCCUGCGCCGGGAGCAGAAGUGGACGGACCAUUGCAUCCUUCAGCAGCAGCAGCAGCAGAGCUGGCUGCAGAACCGCCAGCAGCGGCACUCCGUGUCCAGGAGGGAGCUCCAGCAGCUACCCAAGCUGCCAUGUCCAGGAGGAAGCGACGAAGCUCUCGAGCGCGAGAGCAAGGCUUCUGUCGGAUCCGCCAAAGGAGAUGAGAUGGAGCACGUCGUCGUCAGCAGGAGAAGCAGCCACUGCCACUCGUCGUCAGAGAAUCCGAACCCGACGCCUCCGGAGAGGAAGACGACGACGUGCGUGGUGAGCAGCAGCCCGAACAAGCUCUCGGAGGAGCUCGUCAGGCUGAUGGUGACCAUCUUCCACAAGCUCAACAAGACGACGACGACAACGGACGCGGCGGCGGAGCUGGAGCUGAGCGGCACGUCGUCGUCGUCCAAGCUCAACAUCUCCUCGUGCAUCGGACCCAGGAGCCUCGUCCCCAAGGUCUCCGUGUCCGUGAACGGCGCCGCGGCGGCGGCGAUGAGCCCGCUCAAGAACCGGAGAGCGGCGUUGACCAAGGGCGGCGGCGCGGAGAAGGAGGCUGCGGCCGCUGGGACCGGGUGCCAGAAGAGGUUCGUCGAGUUCACGAGGGCCUCCGUCGACGUCACCCGCGUCUCGCUGUGCCUCGUGGACAUCAAGAACCUGAGAGGCCUGAUGCAAAAGCUUUCGCUCGUCGAUCCGAGCCUUCUGACGAACAAGCAGAAGCUGGCGUUUUGGAUCAACAUCUACAACUUCUGCGUGAUGCAUGCGUUUCUUCAGCACGGUUUACCUCCAUCUCCAGAGAAGCUUCUUGCGCUGCUGAAUCAGGCUUCAGUGAACGUUGGAGGGACAGUACUGAAUGUGGUGUCGAUCGAGCACCUCAUCCUGAGGCACUCUCCUGACGCCAAGCAAGGUAUCAUGGACGACGAAGGACGGAUGGAUGUGCUGCACUCGUACGGGCUAGGGUACCCCGAGCCCAACGUCGUCUUCGCGCUGUGCAGAGGCAGCCGCUCGUCGCCAGCACUGCGCGUGUACACGGCGGAGGACGUGUCGAACGAGCUGGAGCGGGCCAAGGUGGAGUACCUGGAGUCGUCGGUGCGCGUCGCCGGCGGCGGCAGGAAGCAGCGCGCCGCCGUGGUGGUGCCCAAGCUGCUGCACUGGCACAUGCGCGACUUCGCCGCCGACGACGUCGCGUCGCUGCUGGAGUGGGUGCACAGCCAGCUGCCCAGGGCGUCGGGCCCGCUCCGCCGGGCCAUCAGGGAGGUCAUCCUGGGCGCCAACAUUACCAACGGCAGCGGCAGCGGCAGCAGGGCCGCCACGCCGGCGCCGGCGGCGGCCAAGAUGGUGGAGGUCGAGCCCUACGACGCCGACUUCUGCUACAUGCUGCCCGUCUGGUGAUCAUGUAUGCGGGUCAAGUCAGUCAAGUUUUGCUGUGACGAUGGCUGUUGCUUAGGUUUGUGUGCAGCAUUGGGGCAGACGUGCAGUGCGAGACUGCGAGGUGGUGAUAAUGUCGUGAAACGUGAACUACUACCGCCGUUUGAUCGCGUAUAUAGAUUUUUUGUUUGGGCGUCGUCUUUCCGUGAAGAAGUAUCAAUAAAAAGGAAAACACCUACUAUAUAUAUUGAUAUAUUUUUUAUUUUCA